ACGGAAGGACGUUAAAAUAAUCAGGUUUAUUUCAAGUAAAAACGCUGUACGAUCAGUUAGGCUCAAAGCCUCUAUCUCUUAGUGGAACACCUUACGAAUCCGUUAGAUAGAUCUGCACAAGACAUUUUGACAUCAGGACCAGGCUGGCCAGGGCCCCAUACACCCUCCACUCCGCGGGCGUUGACAUGAAGACGCCGGUAAGAACUCCCUCAAACGAGACUGUUGUUCCGCUAGCAACUCUGCUCAUCUUCGCGGUGACCUUGUUCUACUGCGCAGCUGUGCCCGGAAUCGACUUCAUUGGAGAGGGAUAUGACCUUAUCUACGGUAACCCGGACGGAAAUAACCUUGGGGGAGGUGGAAAGGACCCUGGCAUCAAGCCAGCCCUGUAUGCACUCAAAAUGACUUUUAAGAAAAACCAAAAAAAAAAGAAAAUACCAGCUCAAAUUUUCUACCAGAAAGGAAGUAGCUGCGCCAACAAAACAUCCUAUUCGGCCUUUAGCGGGUCAAAAAGCUACCAGGAUAAGUUAAAAACUGAAGUUUCGGCUUCUGCUGGCGGUGGAGGCGGCCUCUGGAGCUUUUCAUUUGCUGCGAGUGCCGGUGUAGAAAAAGCAAAGGAAACCACCAACAGUCAAGGCAACGUGUACUUCGACGAGAACGUCGUGUGCAACCUCGGCACAGCGAGUUACCGCCUGGAGGUGGCCAGGGCAAAUGGCUUUGCCGCCACUCGAGACUUCCGCGCAAGCGUUUGCGACCUUAAAGACAAGUUCUCCAAGUCGGCGUACAAAAAGUUCAUAGCCAGAUGGGGAACGCAUUUGAUAACCAAAGUUGAGUUUGGUACGAAGUAUACCAAGCGGUACAAGAUGUCAAAGAAAGAGUUUUUUACUAAGGCAAUGAAAAAUGAAAAAGGUAGCGUCUCGGCCGAAGGUCAAGCAAUGGGCGUAUCCGCAUCCGUCGAGGUGAACGUGGACAAGUUCACGGAAGAGGCUAAGAAGAAGGACGACUUUGGGGAGUCGUACACGGAGAUAAAGCGCGGGACACCCAAGCUGCCUGUGCCAAUAAAGAUGGAAAUUACGCCAAUCUAUCAGUUCAUCAAGACAUCGUAUUUUCUGGGCGGGUGUCCUGGAAGAAAAAAGUCGAAACCAAUUACAAAGAAACGCAUUGCAAUACUGAGAGCCAAUAUGAAGAAGGCUUUGGAAAAAUACCCUGGCUGGGUUGGAGCAAAACGCCCCUCUGAUCCAAAAAUGUCCGUCGCUCUGACUUGGCCAAUGGGAUCCUACGGCCUUCCAAAACCCGCCGCAGGCUGUCCGAGCGCCAAGAAUUUUAAAUGGAACGAGGGCAUGUCGUACUGGGGUAACCACGCCAACUCCUAUGAACUAUCGCGGGAAAACCACUUCAAUGCUUUAAGCUUGAGUAAAAACAAAAAUCAAGUUCAUACACUGCCUUACUGCGUCAAGACGUCGAAUGAUAAGGAAGCUCUCCUUGACUGGCCAGCCGGGAGCUACUGCAUCAUGCAAAAGGGGCCAAAGUGCCCCUCAGGUUUUGCAAGCUCUAUUUUAAGGUAUGAAGCGAAAUUUAGGUUUUCCACCAUUCGCGGCAAGAACAUGAAGCAAUCCCUUGAAGAAGGGACGGUCCCCGAGAUAAAAUUCAAGCAACCAAACACCGACAUAUAUUUCUGCUGCCGUAACGACGACUUCGCUGCCAAUGAAAUCUUUCUGCCGACCGACAAGCCGUUCUACCUUUUCCCUACCACCGCCCGGGAGUGUCAGAAAGUCAAAGGGAUGAAGGUGUCUAUGGAAUGGCUCAAGUGGGGCAAGUAUGUCAAGCAGAUACCGUUAGAGAGAGAGAAGCUUCACCCAGCUGUGACAGAAGACAAAAAGGAGUUUUAUUGCUAUUACUUUAGAUGGGAUACCAUACGCCCGACGGUUAAUAAAGAUCGUAAGUUUAAUUGCUCGUCAUUUAAACGUUGGGAUUCGCUGAGGCACCCCGACAGUGACAUGAUGAUUGUUACACUAGCCACUGUGCUCUUCAUCGCGGUGAAAGUUUCCUACUGUGCAGCUGUGCCCGGAGUCAACUUCAUUGGAGUAGGGUAUGACCUUAUCUACGCUAACCCGGAUGGAGGUGACCUCGAGAGAGGUGGAACUGACCCUGGAAUCAAGUCAACCAUGAAAGCUCUAGAGCUGACCAACAGCGAGGAUGGAAGCAGUGAUAUCCCCGACGAAGUAACCUACAAGAGAAGAGUGAGCUGCUCUAACAGUACAUCCUAUGAAAUGUUUACCGGGUCGAAAAGCUACCAGAAGAAGUUCGCAACCCAAGUCUCCGCUUCUGCUGGAGGUGGCGGCCUCCUUUGGGACUUCUCCUUCUCAGCGAGUGCCGGCUAUGAAGAAGCAAAUCAAAAGACCAACAAGGAAGGCAACGUGUUCUUCGAGGAGAACGUGGUGUGCAACCUCGGGACAGUGGGUUACCGCCUGGAUGUGGCCAAAGUCAACGGCUAUAGCGUCACCCGUGAUUUCGCCGCAAGCGUUUGCGCACUCCCAGACAAAUUCUCCAAGUCAGCUUACAAGAACUUCAUAUCGAAAUGGGGAACGCAUUUGAUAACCAAAGUUGAGUUUGGCACAAAGUAUACCAAGCGCUACAAGAUGUCGAAGAAACAGUUCUUUACCAAAGCAAUGAAGGGAGAACACGGCAGCGUUUCGGCCGGUGGUGGUGGGCUUGGAUUUCACGCAUCUGUCGAGGUGAGCGUGGACAAGUUCAAGACAGAGGCUGAGCAGAAGGAGGAGUUCGGGGAGUCAUACACGGAGAUACAGCGAGGGACGUCCAAGCUUCCUACGCCAAUAAAGACGGAAAUUACACCCAUCUUCAAGUUCUUCAAAAAUUCUUAUUUUCUGAAUGAGUGCCCAGGAAGAGUGAAGUCGAAGGACAUCUCAAAGGAUCGCAUUGCACUGCUGAGAGAGAAUAUGGAAAAUGCGCUGGAACAUUACCCGGGGUGGGUGGGAGCACAGCGUCCGUAUGAUCCGAAUAUGUCCAUCCCCCUCACGUGGCCAAUUGGUUUCUAUGGCCUGCCAAAAACCGCCUCGGGCUGUCCGAACGCCAACAACUUUGAGUGGAAUGAGGGCAUGUCCUACUGGGGCAAUUACGACAACUCCAAUGAAUUUUCGCCGGGCAACCACUUCCCUCCUGACACCCUACCAAAAGACACCAGUAAACUUAAUACCAUGCAUUACUGCGUCAAGACGGCCAAUGAUGAGAGUGCACUCCUUGAUUGGCCGGCAGGGAACUACUGCAUCAUGAAAAAGGGACAGCACUGCCCACCAGGUCUUGCGAGUUCUGGUCUAAGGUUGCAUACGCCUCGGAGGUGGAACCAUAUUCGCAAGUCAAACAGGAAGCAGAACCUUCAGGAGGGGACAGUUCCCGAGUUUAAUUUUCACGACCCAUACACUGACAGGUACUUCUGCUGCCGAGACGAUGGCUUCGCUUCCAAUGAAAUCUACCUACCGACCGAGAAGCCGUUCUACCUUUUCCUUCUGGGCCACGAGUGCCAGCGUGUCCGGGGAAUGACGGUCACCAGUGAAUGGUUCCGGUGGGGAAAGUCUGUCAAGCUGACCAGGGCAGACACGGAGAAGCUACACCCAGCCUUGACAUUCGACGGAAAGGAGUUUUAUUGCUACUAUGAAAAAGUGUAAGACGUUUGGACUCGAUAGAGAUUCUGUGUAAUCUCAUAUGUCUAUUUAGUGCAUUUCUUUGAACGAUUCGAUUACUGGAAGACGCUGGUACAAUGAGCAAUAAAAAACGUUGUACACGGUA